GUGUGUGUGUGGCUAUGAUGUGGCUGCCAUGGGGUGACCGUGUGACUGUUAUCCCUGUGUGUGGCUGUCUUGGUGUCCCUGUGGUGGUGCGAAUAUGACUGUCAUUGUGUGGCUGCUGUCGUGUGUUCAUUCUGAUGGUGUGUGCGUGGCUGUGGUCGUUGCCUGUCCAGUGUGGCCCUGCGUGUGAGUCUGUGUCAUGGUGCAUGUAUGUGCCCUUCCGUGGCCAUGUGGCUGUGGUUGUGGAUGGCACAUGUCUCUCCUGGGACUGUCAGUGUGGAGGAGAGACUGUUGAUGUGUGUGGCUGUCGUUGAGUGCCUUGUAAUUGAGGGUGUGACACUGUGGCCGUUUCUGUGACCCCCAUUGUGUUGGUGACUCUGUCUUCGCUGUGACUCAGUAAGCGUGUUGGCAGCUCCGAGUCCACGUCCCUGACUGUGGGGGGGGAGGGGCUGUGUGGGGCUGUGAUGUGUGUAGGGUCCCCUGAUGUGGCCUGCGAGUAUGUGUUUGGGAGGGAGGACUUGUUUGAUCCGUGUGGGUGUCUGUGGCAGGCCGUGCGCCAACUGUACCUUGAGCGUGUCGCCUGUGUUGGACACCUGUCUGAAUGAGCAAGCCUGGCUUGUACCCCACGAGCUGGCACCCAGCACAGCUCCUGGAAGUCGGCAGGAGCUCAGCCCUCACGGUGGGAUGGAUGGACACCAUGUCGCGAGCCAGCCUCGUGGAUGAGGCACUGGAGCCAGCGUGCCCACCCUCGCCUGCCCGUGCCUCAGUUUCCACAUCUGCACAAUGGGGGUGACCACCCCUGCUCUGCUGGGUGCCAGGAAGGGGUGUGAGUCUGUGGGCGUGGUGGCGGCCUGUGGGAAGCCUUAGGGCACUUUCACAGGCCUGGCCUUCACCAUGGCGGGAGGGAGACCGCACCUGAAGAGGAGUUUCUCCAUCAUCCCCUGCUUUGUCUUCGUGGAGUCGGUGCUGCUGGGUGUCGUGGUCCUGCUGGCUUACCGCCUGGAGUUCACGGACACCUUCCCCGUGCACACCCAGGGAUUCUUCUGCUAUGACAGCACCUACGCCAAGCCCUACCCGGGGCCUGAGGCCGCCAGCCGAGCACCCCCUGCGCUCAUCUACGCCCUCGUCACCGCUGGGCCCACGCUUACAAUCCUGCUGGGGGAGCUGGCGCGUGCCUUCUUCCCUGCCCCGCCUUCGACCCUCCCGGUCGCUGGGGAGAGUACCAUCGUGUCCGGGGCCUGCUGCCGCUUCAGCCCGCCGCUGCGGAGGCUGGUCCGCUUCCUGGGGGUCUACUCCUUCGGCCUCUUCACCACGACCAUCUUCGCCAACGCGGGGCAGGUGGUGACUGGGAACCCCACGCCACACUUCCUGUCAGUGUGCCGCCCCAACUACACGGCCCUGGGCUGCUCGCCGCCCUCACCAGACCGGCCGGGGCCCGAUCGCUUUGUCACUGACCAGGGCGCCUGUGCUGGCAGCCCCAGCCUCGUGGCCGCUGCGCGCCGCGCCUUCCCCUGCAAGGACGCGGCCCUCUGCGCCUACGCGGUCACCUACACGGCAAUGUACGUGACUCUCGUGUUCCGCGUGAAGGGCUCCCGCCUGGUCAAACCCUCGCUCUGCCUGGCCCUGCUGUGCCCGGCCUUCCUGGUGGGCGUGGUCCGCGUGGCCGAGUACCGCAACCACUGGUCGGACGUGCUGGCUGGCUUCCUGACCGGGGCGGCCAUCGCCACCUUUUUGGUCACCUGCGUCGUACACAACUUCCAGAGCCGGCCACCCUCUGGCCGAAGGCUCUCCCCCUGGGAGGACCUGGGCCAAGCCCCCACCAUGGACAGCCCCCUCGAAAAGUUAAGUGUGGCCCAGGAACCCGAGGCCUGCAGGCCGCAUUCGACACCGGCACGGCUCACCCCAUCCAAGCCGCAGAACUGCACCCGCCGUGGCCACCUGAUCCCCAGCUGUGUGUCCUCCAGGGCCCCAGCCAUGUGUUCGUCGCCCCGUGUGCCCCGCCCUCGACUGAGGUCUGAGCCAACGCCCCUGCCGCUGCCCCUGCCCCUGCCAGCACCGACCCCCAGCCAGGGCCCCUCGCCUUCCUCCCCUGGACCUGGGGGGCCAGGCGGGGGCGGGGGACGUGGCCGGAAGCUGCUGCUGCCUACGCCCCUGCUGCGGGACCUGUACACCCUGAGUGGACUCUAUCCCUCCCCCUUCCACCGGGAUAACUUCAGCCCUUACCUGUUUGCCAGCCGUGACCACCUGCUGUGAGGCCCGACUACCCACCCAGAAUCUACCCGGUCCCCACUUCUUCCCUGCCACGCGUGUGUGUGCGUGUGCCAUGUGAGUGCCAAAGCCCCCUGUCCCCAAACCAGCCGGGCCCAGGUACCAGAAGAUGGUUGGACGAACAUCUGGGGGACCCCCCCAUCCCCUCUUGCCAUCUGGGACAUCCCAAUGGGCAGAGAUGCAGGGUGGGCCCGUGCCCCUAGGAUUGCCCUUUUAAGGGCUAAAGCCUGACCCCAUUGGCCAUUGCCUGGCCAAUGAGGGCCCCUAUUUCUCAGAAUUCUAACCAAAAGGAGUUUGCUCCAGCCAAUGGGAGCCUGCCCCUCACUUCUUAGAAUCCUCGAGCAAGAGGGCAACUCCAGCUAGUGUUCAGCGUCUGAACAGCCAAUAGGAGCCCUUAGUUUCUAGAGUGGGUGGGUAUGAUUCCAGUCAAUGGGGGACCGCCCGUGUCUAAGCAUGUGCGCUGGAGAGGAGGGAGAUGAGGUCAUUCUUUGUCAUCCAGUCCUCUCGGAAUCAGGGAGUCCCGCUGGAGGGUGGGGGCAGGCUCCCCCAUAGCAGGGUCCUUGGGGGCACCCCUUCCCCUCUUAGCCCCUCGCCUGUGUGCAGCCUCUCACCCAGUCCCUCCAAACCCCCUACUUAAGCAGGGCUUGCCCCAGUUCAGCAGUUUUGGGGUUCAGGGUGCUGUGUCUUCCCUCACCUGUGCCCAGGUCACCCCAAACCCUUCUGUUAUUUAUUAGGGAUUUUUUCUUGGAACACACCCCCAUUUUUCAUACUGCCCCCCAUGCCUCAGCCUCAUGGAGAUGUGCCAUUAUGGGGGGCAUGGGUGGAGCAGAGGGGCUCCCUCACCCUGGGCAGCCAAAGGCAGCGGACAGAGGAGACACUGUCCCCCUUUCCUGCCCCCUCCUCAUCUUUAAUAAUGACCUGGCUUCUCAUCUUUAAUAAAGACCUGUUUGUAACAGAA